GACGUAUGUGUGUAUGUAAGAGCUAGAGAGAGUCAUCCCAGGUCUCAAGCUCUCAACACAGACGUGGGUGUGAGAGAGAGGAGAGAGAGAGAGAGAGAUGGAUUUGUUGACGUUGUUGCUAGGUCUCUCUCUGGUGCUUUGGAGUCUGCGCACUGCCAUUAUCCUUAGCAGGAGAAACAGUAAGCCAAUCUCCGGCAAAAACCUCCCACCAGGUCCCGUCCCUGUCCCCAUCGUUGGUAGCCUCUUCAAACUCGGUGACAAACCCAACGAGUCACUCGCCGAACUCGCCAACACCUAUGGCCCUCUCAUGACUAUAAAGCUCGGUGGUGUGACCUCCAUAGUUGCUUCCUCUGCCGCCAUAGCCAAAGAAGUCCUCCAAACCCACGACCAAACCCUGGCCGGCCGAACUGUAGUGGACGCAGUUCGGGCUCUCAACCACCACCAAGCGUCUUUAGUGUGGCUCUCUGCCUCCCCUCGCUGGCGAAACCUCCGAAAGCUCUGUAACCAUGAAAUCUUCACAACACAGAGACUUGACGCCAGUGAACCCCUCCGGCGCCUCAAGGUUCGACAACUCCUCGCUCAUGUUCGUGAAAGUGCCAAAGUGGGUCGAGCUGUUGAUAUCGGUCAAGCCGCAUUUGCUACCUCCCUCAACUUGUUAUCCAACACCGUCUUCUCCGUCGACAUGGCUCGUCCCGGCUCUGAGACCGCACAAGAGAUCAAAGCUAUGGUGUGGGGAUUAAUGGAAGAGGCAGGAAAGCCUAACCUUUCAGAUUAUUUCUCUGUACUAAGGCCAUUAGAUCUACAAGGAGUAAGGCGGCGGUUUAGGUUUUAUUUAACAAGACUACACAAACUGUUCGACGACAUGAUCGACCAAAGAUUGAACUCCAGAGUUUCUCUUUCUUCUCAAAAGACAAGAAAUGAGGAUUUAUUAGAUGUUCUUCUCGUUCAUUUCCAAGAAAACACUUCUGAAUUUGGCCGUUCUGAUAUGAAAUCUUUGCUUGCAGACAUAUUUGGGGCUGGGACGGACACCACCUCAACAACAUUGGAAUGGGCUAUGGCGGAGCUGCUCCAUAAUCCAGAUUCAAUGGCGAAGGUUCAAUUGGAGCUUCGAGAAAAUCUAAUUGAAGGGAAACCAGUAGAGGAAGCAGAUGUCUCUAAGCUCCCUUACUUACAAGCGGUGGUAAAGGAAACCUUACGUCUACACCCACCAGUUCCACUCUUGAUCCCUCACAGAGCUGAAACUGAUGUGGAAAUUUGUGGGUUCUCUGUGCCCAAGAAUGCUCAAGUUGUGAUCAACGCCUGGGCUAUUAGUAGAGAUCCCAGUAUAUGGAAGAACCCCACUUCGUUUGUUCCUGAGAGGUUCUUGGGUUCGUCGGGGAUUGAUGUUAGAGGCAGAGAUUUCGAGCUUAUACCAUUCGGUGCUGGGAGAAGGAUCUGUCCAGGGUUGUUACUGGCGUUGAGGAUGGUGCAUCUGAUGUUGGCUUCGCUUCUGCAAUCUUUUAAUUGGAAGCUUGAAGGUGGGAUGUGUGCAAAGGAGAUGGACAUGGCUGAUAAGUUUGGGAUUACCUUGCAAAAAGCCCAGCCCCUCAGGGCAAUACCCCUGCAGCUUCAGAUGUCACAGUCUUGAUAUCUUCUAUCUUGUCUCCAUGAUAGGCUGUGGCCAAAUCAAUGCAUGCUAGCUCAUGCAUGCUAAGAAGAUGUGAUCCACUACUGAUUGGAUCCUAAUUAAAUGUAUUUUGCUUUCUAAAAUAUAUCAUCUUAAUUAAAUAAUUAUAAUUUUUAAUGAAAAAAUAACGUACCUAAAACACAUGGUUUUCACCAUUGUGAGGUCAUAAUGUACGCAAUCUUGCUCCUAUUUUGUGGAGAAAUUGUAUAAUCAUAAUUUUUAAUACUAAUCAUAUAAAUUGGAUGGCAAGGGAAGGGGAAAAACCCCCUACUAAUUUUUUUUA